CAUGCCAUUAGUGAGUAAGAACCAGUCAUGAGGGACCAUUUAUAUCUUUUCUUCUUUAUGGUUCAAUUUAGUUCUGGCUGUAUUCUUUCAAAUGAGCGUCAGACAAUAGACAUAACAGGAUACACAGGUGGAUCAGUGGUGCUGCCCUGCUCCUGCGCUCAUCCUCAGUCUACAGUCAACACAUUCACAUGGGAGCUUUUGGGUAGUGGACAACGAUGGAUUUCAGUAUUUAAGGAUGAGAAGUACAGCGGCAGACGUGUGCUGUUUAAUGAAAAUACUCCACAAAAUCUGUCUCUUCUCAUUUCUGACCUCAAAAAGGACGAUGAAGGGAUGUAUCAGUGUAAGACUGAACAAUCUACAUCCAUUCAUUUAACAGUGAAGGGCUGUGAUUUGGUUCAGAACACAAAGGCAACGAUUGCGGUGACUGGAUAUGCAGGAGAGUCUGUGGUUCUGCCCUGCUCAUGCUCUGAACUACUGGCUAAACCUGAACAGAUACGAUGGAUGUAUAUUGUAGAAAAAGCUUUUAAGGAAAUUUACCCAAAUGAAAAGUCUGAGAGGCACAAGAACAGAGUCAAACUGUUGAAUCAAACAUCUCCAGGAAAUCUCUCUCUACACAUAUCAGCACUGACCGCAGAGGACAAAGGAGACUAUUAUUGUUCUGUCUCGUCUCAAACAGUCUCCUACAGACUUCGUGUUGAAGUUACUCUCAGGACAGAGAAACCACACAUCCAUACAUCCAUCAGUUUAUCAAUACUUCAACCUUCACACCAAACACAAGAACUUGAACCACCUCAACAACCACACGACACGCCUCAAUAUCUCUUCAUUCUAGUGGUAGUGUUUCCCUUAGCACUGAUUCUGCCAUUUCUGGCUUUAUCUUCUAGAUAUGCAAAGGAUGAAGUGGCAUGUUCUGCUAUAGUCUAUGUUGAAACGGCAUUCCCACCUGAUCACACACAGAAUGAUGUAGUGGAGCUCAUUGAGUGUCAAUACCAAUGCUGAACGGACUUAACCCCCC